AUGUCUCAGCAAUCGAAUGAUGAAUCUCCCGUUUCAGACUCAGCAACACCGGAAGAGUCCUCUAACACUAAUAGGGUCCUUAAGGUUAUCCCUUUAAGGACGAUUAGCAGUGACGAAGUAAAGGCCACAAAGCCUAAAACGACUCAUGCAAAACGACCCAAGGAAGGUAUUCACAACAAGGGUACCAAAUCCUCAGCAUCUGCUACCAUGGAGGAACUUACUAAAGAAGGAUCCAAAUAUGUCAAUAGCGCAAUUACCAGGAUUGUUACUCGUAUUCUGAAGGAGAAUCAUCAAGUGCCUGGAAUAUUUAUUCCUCUUCAAACCAUAAUGGCUGAUUCUCUCAAUAACACCAGUAAGGCUAAGGCUGUUCACACCGUUGAUAGUGACCUAGAAAUCAACAAGGAUGAACAAGGGUUUACUAAGAAUACCAAUGUCACCGAGGAUGUCAAUGACAUUGACAAUAAUGAGCACCCUAAGGCCAAUACUGAAACUGAUACUAAUGUGGUAGACUUAGAUGAGUACUCUUACGACAAAUUAAUUACCUCCUUGAAUCUGAGUGUAGCCAACAGGCUAAUGAUAAGAAGAAAAGGCAAAGCUGUUGUCCAAGGAUCAUCAAAAAGGAGCACUCAAGUGAACAACCCUACCAAAGACACUGUCAGGAAGAAGAUUACUUCUGUAGGUCUUGUCAAGAGCAAAGCUGUUACCAAGAGUAAAGGGGUUGGUCCUUCAAAAUCUUGGAGCAGAGUCAUUCCAAAGAAAAGAAAAGAGCGGGAAAUUGUUGAACCUGAAUCUGAUGUUGAAGUGAAUGUCCCUGACAUUUCAUUAAGGAAGAAGCCUACAACCAGUAAGCUUGCUGCUAGCGUUCCUGAAGUUCCCAUUGAUGAUGUGUCUUUCCAUUAUGCCUCUAGUGUCAGCAGAUGGAAAUUGGUUGUUGAAAGGGAAUUGGCACCAAAUGCUCUUGAAAACAAGGAGGUCUUAGAGCUGAUUCAAGAAGCUGGACUGCUAAAAACUGUGUGCAAUCUUCCCAAAUGUUAUGAGAAGCUGGUCAAAGAAUUUGUGGUAAACCUAUCUGAAGAUUGUGGCAAUAGCAGAAGUGCAGACUACAGAAAGGUGUUUGUAAGAGGUAAGUGUGUAUCGUUCUCCCUUUCUGUGAUUAAUAAAUUAUUGGGAAGAACAGAUGAAGCUCAAACCGAGCUAGAAGUAAUAGACAACCAAGUCUGUCAAGUGAUCACAGCCAAGCGGGUAAAAAGCUGGCCCAUGAAAGAAAAGCUAACUGCAAGUAAGCCGAGCAUCAAGUAUGCAAUGCUUCAUAAGAUAGGAGCAGCUAAUUGGAUUCCAACAAAUCACAAGUCCACUAUCUCAACUGUGCUUGGUAGAUUUUUGUAUGUUGUAGGAACAAAGGCAAAGUUUGAUUAUGGAGCAUAUAUUUUGACCAAACCAUGA